AUGGGAUUGAUGCCCAGGCUAGUACUUCCUAAAGUGGGACUCUGAGGACUUCUGCCAAUCCUGGUACCAUUCUUCCUUCUGGGGGAUGUCCAGAAACCUGGGCACGCUGAAGGGAUCUUUGGCAAGCCGUGUCCCAAAAUCAAAGUAGAAUGCGAAGUGGAAGAAAUAGACCACUGUACCAAACACAGAGAUUGCCCAGAAAACACGAAGUGUUGUCUGUUCAGCUGUGGAAAGAAAUGUUUAGACCUCAGACAAGGUAACUCAGAUGUUAGUCUUACUUUAUUCCAUAAGGAGGAGCUUGAAUAA